AUGUUUCGUUUCGUACUUUUCUAUUCAAUUGCAUUAGCAACUUUGACAUUCGCUGCAAAACCAUGGGCAGAAGAAACUCGUGAGCAAUGGUGGCUCGAUCAUCAUAAUACUUUUCUACAACAAACUCAAUCGAAUCCGAAUGGGAUUCGAGUAGUAUUCCUUGGUGAUUCGAUAACCAAACGUUGGCUCGAUGGAGCGAGGAAUAUUUGGAAUAUGCAUUAUGCAUCGCGUGGAGCAGUUAAUUAUGGAAUCGAUGGUGAUAGAACACAACAUAUUCUUUGGCGAAUUCAUAAUGGCGAAUUAACCGGCCUCAGUCCAAAAUUAGUGGUAUUAAAAAUCGGUACGAAUAAUAUAAGUAGUGCCACAGCCGAUGAUAUUUCCAAAGGCGUUCAAACCAUUGUUCAAGAUAUUCGACAAAUGCUACCGAACACAAGAAUGUUACUGUUAGGUGUAUUAUCGAGAAAUAAUGUUCAGUGGAUAAGCGAUGACGUUGCCAGAAUUAAUGCAAUUAUAUCCAUAUUUGAUGAUAGUUACUGGAUUGGGUUUUUAGAUAUGACUUCCUCAUUUCAGAAUUCUCAUCUUCAAGUUAAACCAGAAUUAUAUACAGCUGAUCUACUACAUUUGUCUGUUCCAGGUUAUCAGCAAUGGUAUAACAGAAUGGAAUUCUUGUUUUAUGGUAUGCUCAAUUAUUAA